GGAAGAGUUUGCAACAGUUUGGCACCAUUUUUGAGCAAAGUGGAAAACGGCCGAUUUUUGAUGAAAUUGUGACCGCGCGCCUUAGGGAUUUUUCAGAAAAUCUUUUUCCGCAGGAGAGUAAUCGAGGGCUGAUAAAUUGGCCUAUGAUCAAAAGCCUUCCGUAUUCACCGCCAAACCUUUCAGGGAAGAGUUUGCAACCGUUUGGCACCAUUUUUGAGCAAAGUGGAAAACGGACGAUUUUUGAUGAAAGUGUGACCGCGCGGCUUAGUGAUGUUUCAGAAAAAUCUUUUUCCGCAG